AUGGUUUUCUCAUCUGUUCCACCCUAUCUUGAUCACCACAAUUGGCAUCAUCAGUUGCAGCAAUCAAACCAUCAAGGAAGUGGAGGUGUCGGCGGUGGCGUUGGCGAAAACCCUAAUCUUCCACCCCCACCACCACCUCCACAGCCUGGUGGUGGUGGGGGAGGUGGAGAAGGAUCGAUCAGACCAGGAUCUAUGGUGGAUCGAGCUAGGUUAGCCAAGCUGCCCUUGCCGGAGCCAGGUCUAAACUGCCCACGUUGUGAUUCCACCAACACGAAAUUUUGCUACUUCAACAACUACAGCCUCACGCAGCCUCGACACUUUUGCAAGACCUGCAGGCGUUACUGGACUAGAGGAGGUGCUUUAAGAAAUGUUCCGGUAGGGGGAGGUUGUAGGAGAAACAAAAGAAGCAGCAAAAGCAGAAGCUCGAAAUCUCCAAGUCAAUCGGGGCCUAAAUCCCAAAGUGCAAGUCCUCCAAGGAGUAGCUCAGAGAACAUGACAAGUAAUCAACUCCCACAUCCACCUUCGCUUCACUUGCCCUUCAUGAGUUCUCUUGGUCAAUAUGGAGGUGUUGGUGGCAAUCUUAGCUCAAGUAUUGGGGGAUUUCAGCCUCAAAGUGAAAUGGGAAAUUUUCAAAUUGGAAGUGGUAGUUCAGGUGGCAAUAAUUUCAACAACAUUUUAUCAAUGGGAGGGGGUGAGAAUUGGAGAGUGCCUUUCCUGCCUGGAUUUGAGGUACCCAACAAUAAUACCAAUCUAUUUAACUAUCAGAAUGAAGGUGUGAUUGAAGCACAAUCUUCUUCUAUGGUUGGAGGAGACAUGAGAUUAAAGAGUUCAGGAAUUGAUAAUUCUCAAAUUGAUCCCCCAGUAAAGGUGGAAGACAAUCGAGCCCUAAAUUUAUCAAGGCAGUUUUUGGGUAUGUUGGAAAACACCAAUCAACAACCAUGGGCUGGAAAUUCAUGGGCAGAAUUUCCUGGUGUCAGCACUUCUACUCCCACUACACAUUUCCUAUAAUCUUGGGCUUAGGGGAAGAUUCAUGGUUCAAUGUUGCUUGUUAUCAAAGUGAUUUAACUUGGAUUUUCAAACCCUAGCUAAUUCCUAGCAUGUAAUAUGGUCAAUUAAUUAAAGAUUCCACGUCUCAACGAGCUUGAUCGCUGAAGAACUGCAGGAGAAUCAAUGGUAGGUAUACAUUGUGUUAAGUUCAAUUAAUGUGAUAGUAUUAUAUGGUGUUGGUAAAUUCUAUUGAUGUGUAUGCGAGUUUUCUUGUACUUGGAAAGUGUUUCUUCACCAAUGUGCGUGUAAGUGUGUGCUACUAUGUUGAUUAUGCUAUAUGACUGAUGAUGAUCAGCUGAUUUUUCCA